AGGACGCAAAUGGAGCGGUGCCUGCCGGCCUUAGGCAAAGCAAUGGCGCCGCUGCUGGAGUACGAGAGGCAGCUGGUACUGGAACUGCUCGACAGCGACGGGUUGGUGGUGUGCGCCCGCGGGCUUGGUGCCGACCGACUUCUCUACCAUUUUCUGCGGUUGCACUGCCACCCGGCCUGCCUGGUGCUGGUGCUCAACACGCAGCCAGCCGAGGAGGAAUAUUUUAUCAACCAGUUGAAGAUAGAAGGAGUUGAACACCUCCCUCGACGUGUGACAAAUGAAAUCACAAGUAACAGUCGCUAUGAAGUGUACACACAAGGUGGUAUUAUAUUCGCAACAAGUCGAAUACUUGUGGUUGAUUUCUUGACUGAUAGGAUACCUUCAGAUUUAAUAACUGGCAUCCUUGUGUACAGAGCGCACAGGAUCAUUGAGUCCUGCCAAGAAGCCUUCAUCCUGCGUCUUUUCCGCCAGAAAAACAAGCGUGGCUUCAUCAAAGCUUUCACAGACAACGCUGUAGCUUUCGACACUGGGUUUUGUCAUGUGGAGAGAGUGAUGAGGAACCUUUUCGUGAGGAAGCUCUACCUGUGGCCGAGGUUCCAUGUAGCAGUCAACUCAUUCUUAGAACAGCACAAGCCUGAAGUGGUAGAGAUUCACGUGUCCAUGACUCCUGCCAUGCUCUCUAUCCAAACAGCCAUACUCGACAUCUUAAGCGCAUGUCUGAAGGAACUGAAGUGCCACAACCCAUCUCUAGAAGUGGAAGAUAUGUCCUUAGAAAAUGCGCUCGGGAAGCCGUUUGACAAGACAAUCCGCCAUUACUUGGACCCUUUAUGGCACCAGCUUGGAGCCAAGACUAAAUCCUUGGUUCAGGAUCUGAAGAUACUAAGGACCCUACUGCAGUAUCUCUCUCAGUAUGAUUGUGUGACAUUUCUCAAUCUUCUGGAAUCUCUGAGAGCUACAGAGAAAGUGUUUGGCCAGAACUCAGGCUGGCUUUUCCUGGAUGCUAGCACCUCCAUGUUUGUGAAUGCCCGUGCACGAGUGUAUCGCGUUCCAGAUGCCAAACUGAACAAAAAGACCAAAAUGUCCAAGAAGGUGGCAAGUGCAGAAGCGCAAGAAACAAAAAAGGAACUGGUCCUAGAAAGCAACCCAAAGUGGGAGGCGUUAAGUGAAAUCCUGAAAGAAAUCGAAGCUGAAAAUAAGGAGAGUGAAGCCCUUGGAGGUCCAGGCCAGGUGCUGAUCUGUGCAAGUGAUGACCGCACAUGCUGCCAGCUCAGAGACUACCUGACCAUGGGGGCGGAAGCCUUCCUGCUGCGGCUCUACAGGAAAACCUUUGAGAAGGACAGCAAAGCUGAAGAAGCGUGGAUGAAUUUUAGAAAGGAGGAUGGCGCAAAGAGAACCAAGAAGUCUGACAAGAGACCCAAAGAUGCCCAGAACAAAGAACGCACCUCUACCAAAAAAGGGGCUCCCAGAAGGAAGAAGCGAGAGCUGACUCUGACGCAAGUGGUGGGGACUGCUGAAGAGCCGCCAGAGGAUGGGGCUGAGGAGGAAGGCCGCCCCAGACAGGUCGCCAGUAGCCCAGAAGGCUGCGGAGGGGAGGUUCAGCAGGAAGCUUUUGAUUUAAAUUUAUCAUCUGAUGCGGCCUAUGGCAUCCUGAAAGAGCCUCUGACCAUCAUCCAUCCGCUUCUGGGGUGCAGCGACCCCUAUGCCCUGACGCGGGUACUGCACGAGGUGGAGCCCAGAUACGUGGUUCUGUAUGACGCAGAGCUCACCUUCGUCCGCCAGCUAGAGAUCUACAGGGCCAGCAGGCCGGGGAAACCGCUGAGGGUUUACUUUCUUAUCUAUGGAGGCUCCACAGAAGAGCAGCGCUACCUGACGGCUCUGCGAAAGGAGAAAGAGGCCUUUGAGAAGCUCAUCCGGGAAAAGGCUAGUAUGGUUGUCCCUGAAGAACGGGAAGGCAGAGAUGAAACCAACCUGGACUUAGCAAGAGGCACGGUGUCCACAGAUGCUCCCACUGACACUCGGAAGGCUGGUGGCCAGGAGCGGAAUGGCACCCAGCCCAGCAUCGUGGUGGACAUGCGUGAGUUCCGGAGUGAGCUACCAUCCCUGAUCCAUCGGAGGGGCAUCGACAUUGAACCAGUGACACUGGAGGUGGGCGAUUACAUCCUGACACCUGAGCUGUGCGUGGAGCGCAAAAGUGUGAGCGAUCUCAUCGGCUCACUGCACAGCGGCCGCCUGUACAGCCAGUGCCUCGCCAUGUCACGCUACUACCGGCGCCCAGUGCUGCUCAUCGAAUUCGACGCGGGCAAGCCCUUCUCCCUGGCGCCACGUGGUGCCUUCUUCCAGGAGAUAAGCAGCAGCGAUGUGAGCUCCAAGCUCACACUCCUCACCCUGCACUUCCCACGCCUGCGGCUGCUCUGGUGCCCCUCACCUCAUGCCACAGCCGAGCUGUUCGAGGAGCUGAAGCAGAACAAGCCGCAGCCUGAUGCAGCCACAGCCAUGGCCAUCACGGCAGACUCGGAAACGCUGCCUGAGUCAGACAAGUAUAACCCCGGCCCCCAAGACUUCGUGCUAAAGAUGCCAGGGAUCAAUGCCAAGAACUGUCGCUCCCUGAUGAAUCAAGUGAAGAACAUCGCAGAGCUGGCCUCUCUGUCCCAGGAGCGGCUCACAAGCAUCCUGGGGCAUGCAGGAAACGCCAAACAGCUGCACGACUUCCUCCACACCGCUUAUGCAGACGUGGUGUCGGGAGGCAGAGUGAGAAAAUGAGCCCCGGCGCUCAGAUGCUGUUCAUUAAUCAUUUGCCUAGCAGUUCAUUCGUUCCCAGGGCUUUUAGGGACAGACCUUCUGUCCCCACCAUUUCCCCGAGCUCUGGGCUAAGGUGUGUCCUUCCCGUCCCUUGCUGGCUCUUGCCCCUCUGUGCCCUGUCUGCGCUAGGCUUGCGGUGCUUAUUUUAAAUGGGGUGUGGCAGGAUUGUGCCACCUGCAGCCGGCAGUGCGAGCGUUUGCUGCUCAGGCUGGUGAAAGAUCCUCCAUUGCGUUCCUAGCACUGUGUACACAGGGUGUGGCAGAACUGAGACGGGGCCGAUGUUCUUACAUUCCUGCCGGCCACGGGACAAGCCAGCCCACUAGUCUUCCGGUCACCACGGAUAUGUAGUGUGUACUGUGAUGUGGUUGCUUAAACCAGUGCUUUGGCAAAAACUGUUGACAAGAUUUGAUGAGGUCAUGAAGGAUUCCUCAGAAAUCUUGGUUUUCUCAAUGUUUGACCUCCAAAUUCCUACUCUAAGCCCAAAUCACAUCAAAGAGUCUUCAGCCUCCUCCCACCCCAUGUCACUAACAUCAUUCACACAUCAGUAGCGUUGGUGCCAUACCAGAAGCACGGCACCCUGCCCAUGCCCCUGUGCUGACCAGACAAGAGCAAAGGAGGCCCAGGUGCUUUUUAGAUGUGGGUUUCUCUUCUUCACUUAAACGGUAAAUGCAAGAUCAGUGCAGAGAGUGCAUGCGAAUUCAGAAGAAAUACAUAACUCUUUAAAGACCCACAGACCAAAUCUCAUGGUUGAUUUAGAUUGACCUUUCUGUGUUAACAUGGAAUUCGCAUGCCAUUUGCAAACUGUGGUAUGUAAGUCUAGCUGUUGAUGUGUGCAGUAACAAGCAGUAAAUUUUCUACCUCAAGAGCUGAUGCCGACAUGAAUUCUAGCCUUGCCGCACACAGUUGAUUGUGUCAUCAGUGUCAGCCAUCUUUGGGUUUGUUGUGCCAAACUGAUUAAAGUGGACCUU